CCAAAACCAUAAAUAGGUAAGAGUAAUAUCGUAAGUUAGCAAACGUUUAAAGGGGCAAAAUAAUAAUUAACAAAAAAAAACACCUAAAAGCCAUUUAAAUACGAGAACGCUCCCCUCAAUAAUCCCCUGCUUGCCGUAUUAAUCCCAAAAUUUGGAGACAAAAGCAACGCCUAAACCUAAAUUAUGUUCUAAUCCUUUUUUUCUUUUCUCCUUCUCUCCAACAAUUUUUAUUUGAUUCCUUCAGUUUUCUGAGUGGAGGAGCCAAAAAUAAAAAAGUGUAAGCAAGCAACCACACCACAGGAGGAAUCAUCAGUCAAAUGGGGAAGAACAAUAAGAUCGGAAGCGUUGUACGGAUCCGUCAGAUGCUUAAACAAUGGCAGAAGAAAGCUCACAUCGGAUCAUCCAACAACAACGAUCCUCCUGUUCCCGAUGUCCCUCCCGGUCACGUCGCUGUAACCGUGGGCGAGAAUCGUCGGAGAUACGUUGUCCGUGCGAAGCAUCUCAACCAUCCGAUCUUCCGACGGCUCCUCGCUGAGGCUGAGGAGGAGUACGGAUUCUCCAACGUUGGUCCAUUGGCCAUUCCUUGCGAUGAAUCGUUGUUCGAGGACAUUAUCGAGAUUGUGAGUCGUUCUGAGUCAUCUGGUGGACGAGCUGGUGCUGGUAGUAAAGGUGGUCCGGCGACGCUUGACGAUCUGCGGAGAUGUAGCCACGUGGGACUGGCUAAGAGCGUUGAAUCUCGAACGUUGCUUCCUGAGAUUGCUGAAAAAUCUGUGUGCUAAAUUUGCAAACGUUAAUGAUGCUUUGGAGAUGGCAAAAAUUAGGGUUUGAUGGUGUUUGUUUUGGUUGUCGCCAGUGUUUGUGUGUCAUCCCAGAACCGAAUUGAAGAUCUGAUGAAGGAGAUUAGUGUUUUUGGAGAGAGAGAGAGAGAGAGGAGCCCCUCAGUUUUUAUUUUUUAGAUUUAUUUUGAUUUUGGUCAUAGAGAUUAUUAUUAUUUUAUAUUUUCUCUUUGGCUAUUUUCAAUUGUAUAUUCAGGUUUCUUUGGAUUUUAACUGAGGAAUUAAUAAUAAUAAAUUUGAUGAAA